CUGUUAACCUUGGCAUUUUCUGAAGGAUCAGAUCACAAAAUCUUUGUGCUUUCGUUUUUUAUAUUCCAAGUAAAGGCCUCUUUCAUUGCCAGCCAUGACCGAGGUCCUCCUCUCCCCACGCUCACCCCUUUUUCCAUCUUCUUCAUCACCACAACCAACAACAACAACAACAAAGACAACCUCAACCACAACAAACUCAUCUCCUUCUUCUUCUUCCUUUUCAUUCUCUCGCAAUGCCUUUCUCCGACCACACCUCUCUCUUCUCGCUCUUCUCUUGACCCUUCUCAGGAAAUCCUUCCUUCCCCGCAAAACCAUCUCCUCCCUCAUGGACAUUGGCUCACCAACUAACGUACGCCAUGUUGCUCAUGUCACCUUUGAUAGGUUCAACGGUUUCUUGGGUUUGCCUGUUGAGUUUGAACCUGAAGUCCCCAGAAGGCCUCCUAGUGCUAGUGCAUCUGUUUUUGGAGUUUCAACAGAAUCCAUGCAGUUGUCGUAUGACUCUAGAGGGAACAGUGUGCCAACUAUUCUGCUAUUGAUGCAAAGGCAUCUGUAUGCUCAAGGAGGGUUGCAGGUAGAGGGGAUUUUCAGAAUCAACGCGGACAAUGGUCAAGCGGAGCAUGUGAGAGAUCAAUUGAAUAUGGGAGUGGUUCCAGAAGGCAUUGAUGUACAUUGUUUGGCAGGGUUAAUUAAGGCUUGGUUUAGGGAACUUCCUACGGGGAUUCUGGAUUCAUUAUCACCGGAGCAGGUCAUGCAAUGCCAGACAGAGGAGGAGUGUGCUGAAAUAGUGAGACAUCUACCUCAUACUGAAGCUUCACUCUUGGACUGGGCCAUCAAUCUGAUGACUGAUGUUGUUCAACAUGAACAUGUUAAUAAGAUGAAUGCACGUAACAUUGCCAUGGUUUUUGCACCAAACAUGACUCAGAUGGCCGACCCUAUAUCUGCACUGAUGUAUGCAGUUCAAGUAAUGAACUUCUUGAAGACACUCGUAUUAAGGACACUGCGGGAAAGAAAGGAUUCUGUGGUAGAAUCUAAUCCUAGAUUUUAUGUAGAGCCUUCUGAUGGUGAUGGAAGCCAAAGACUUUUGGAGUCCUUCCAGCAAGAUACUCCUGCACAAAAUGAAGUGGCUCAGGGAAGCACUGUUUUAGAGAAAACUGGCUUAGAAUGUUCCCCUGGAUCAGUCCAAAACAACUCAACUGAAGAAGAACCUGGCACUCUGGCAAACUCUUCUGAGAAUCUUGUUAGCAAUGAGGAAUUAUAUUGUGAGUUUCCACCCGUAGGAAACAUGGGAAAGGGUAAAAGUGGCCAAUCAAGUAAAUCAAAUGGUAAAAAAGAGUCUAAAAAGACUAGAGGCAGCAACCCAUAAUCCAUCAAACACUGCCAGUUGAGAAAAACAAGAGUUGGGAGUUUAUGCAGCAAUGGUUCAUAUAUGAGCUGAUAUCAAAGCUUGGCUGUGAAGAAGCAUUGAAAUGUAAAUUGAUUAUUUGACAACUUGGCAUUGUAAGUUUGUGAAGUGAUUUCAGUAUGUUCCUUUUCUUUUUUUUCUUUCCCUUGUUUGUUUAACUUAUCUCAUUUCAAAAAUAGUACCAUGAACACACUAACAUUGUAAUGAAAUCUCAUUCCCUGUGUGUUUA